GGCUCGAGAGCUUCCCAAAAUCCUCGACAAACGACGACAAGCAAGCAAUCAGGACUGACUACGCUUGCCAUUGAUUGACACGAGAGAACGAGGAGUUAUGUCAAAUGCCAAGUUGAUUAUCGCGCCGUACCCACCACAGGACAUCAUCAUGCAACUUCCCCCCUCAACAUGGUCUGCAGCACUCUCGACAUGGUCCACGCUCCUGGCAUUUAUCCUUUCGCUUCCCUCGGGCGAUUUCGUGACCGUUGUGAGUGAUGAGGGGAGUGGGUUGUUGGAGUUCGUCGGGACGUACCUCAAGUUCUCGGGUGGGGAUGAGCUGGAUCGGAAGGUCUUUUUGGUGUUGCAUCGGGUGUUGACGAUGGAGAGGGUUCAAGAUCGGUGGGUUGAUGUCGAAUCGGUCCUUAUUCCCUAUACGAGGACAUAUGGGAGGAAGAGUAGGGAGGGUGUGAGGGAGGUUUUGCAAAAGUUGAGUAGGAAUGAGAGGGUUGCGAAGGGGCUUCCGGCGUUUCGGGAUGGGUUGUUGGAGAAGGUUGGGAAGGGGGAUGGGGAGGCGGAGAAGUUGUUGCAGGGGUUGAGUGUGUUUGUUGGGUUGGCGCCGGAGACUCUGGCGAGAGUGUUCUUGUUGAGCGCAAGGGAGAUUGUGGAUAGGUGUGACGAGGUGUAUGCCUCGGCUUCCACGGGCCUGAAGACGGAGAUCUUGCGAGUGGUGUAUCAGAUCUCUGCACGAGCAUUGCCCGAGGACGGACAGAGCAAGGAAGCCUAUUUUGAGGCUAUGUUCGCAUUGAUGGACAAGAACGACUCGAAGUUACUAGCCGAACUGGCGGAGAAGACGGGAUUGCUGAGAAAACUGAAACCAAUGGUCGGGGGUGAAGAUGCCAGAAUCGACAUGUUGGUCAUGAAACUCGAGUCACUACGGCCCGCUCAUCCUGCACCAGGUGGUAAAGGUAAAGGCAUGGCACGGGAUACUGGCCAAGCAGCUGAGCUCGCCGCGGAGAAAUUAACCAAGAUCGCAGAGGUCCGCGACCUGCUGCCAGACCUGGGUGAGGGCUUUGUGGAAGCAUGUAUGGGUCGCUAUGAGUGGAAUUCGGAGGAGGUCAUCGGCCGAUUACUGGAGGAUAACAUCGCACCGGACUUGAAGGACAUGGAUAGACAUGCGAAGUCCUACCUCGCCGCAGACACCAAGCAACCCGCACCACCACCACCAUCAUCCGCGCCAGCAGCAACCUACGAGCGAAGAAACAUCUUUGACGACCAGGAGAUCAAACGCGAGAAGCUCCACCUCGGAAAACAAGACCGCGGAACAGCAGACCAAAUGCUAAACGAUAAAUCCGGCAUCGACAAAGCCGGCAUUCUAGCCCGCGUCGCCGCUAUCGACAUGGACGACGACGAACGCGACGACACCUACGACGGCAUCAACGACCCAAACGUCGUCGACGACGACGCAUUCGUCCGCGAGGACACCAACGCAGACGUCUCCGGUCCCACCGGCCCCAACAUCGACGAACUCCUCUUCCUCGAAUACGGCACUAACCCAUCCCUCUUCGAGCGUGAUAACGCAACUCGAAAGAGUAAGGCUCGGGCAGAGUUGAGAGGUAGGACGGGGUUGAGCGAUGAGCAAAUUGAAGGGUGGAAGAGUAUGUUGGAACGGGAUCCGAGGCGAAGAAAGGCACUGGAAGGGAGGUAUGAGUUUAGGGGAAAUCAGGCCACUUUACCGUCUACUUCGUACCGACAGCCGAAGCCUACAUCUGAGGAUGAAGGGGGGGCGACUUUCAAUGGUGGUGGACGUGGACGUGGGAGAGGACGGGGAGGCAAUGGCGGUGGCGGGGGUAGAGGCCGGGGACGAGGUGGAGGUGGCGGGUCUGGCAGGGGAGGUGCGCAGGGUGGUGGUGAGGGUGGAAGGCCGGUUAACGUGGCUAGGAAGGAGCAGAACCAGACUAAGCGGAGAGAUCAAGAUAGGCAGAAAAAGAUGGCGAAGGGUGGGCCGCCGCCGUCGUGAGUGUUGUGCAUUUGCAUGUGGAUGAUAAUGAUAGCUUGCAUGAAACUCGGCGACAGCCUUCGUUGGACUCCCUACCUAGGAUAUCAAGCACGACUACCACUUUUCCGAUUGCACUGGAGCUAUGACAUGGGUACAUGAUUCGCCUUGUGCAUACACUGGGCAUGACUCUGUAAUGAUAAUUUUGUGAGCAGCGGCUCACCGCAACCUCUGAGGUAUGCGGACAGAUGUCCGUAUCACAGCUGCUCCACUAUCGAUUUGUGGGUCGGUCCUUAUCAUACGCGUACGAUAUCGAUUUAAACAUACUCCUUCCAUCCUCUGUAACUGACGGAACGUUAACGCAUGCU